AUGUUACAAGGCAGGUUUAAGUUGAGAAUAUUAUCAGCUGCUCUGCUUUCUUUAUUAGUAGUAGUGGGUUGGAGCUCAGCCCCAGUGGCAGAAUCAGCCCUAGGAGUGAACUGGGGGACCGUCUCAUUCCACAAGCUCAAGCCUUCUACAGUGGUAGAUCUCUUGCAAGACAACAAGAUAUCCAAGGUCAAGCUUUUCGAUGCCGACCCAGAUUCUCUUCAGGCCCUCAUGGGCAGUGGGAUCCAGGUCAUGAUUGGCGUCCCCAAUGAGAUGUUGGCCGCCUUGAGCUCUUCCACUGCUGCCUCUGAUUCAUGGGUUCGCCAGAAUGUGUCCAGAUACAUGCGUAAAAAUGGUGUCGAUAUCAGGUAUAUUGCAGUAGGAAAUGAGCCCUUCCUUUCAAGUUACUCCGGUCAAUUUCAAUCAUAUGUCAUGCCUGCACUGCUCAAUCUACAACAGUCGUUGGCUAAAGUGAAUCUUGCAAGCUACGUGAAGUUAGUUGUCCCUUGCAAUGCUGAUGCAUAUGAGUCUUCUCUUCCUUCUCAAGGGGCAUUUCGACCUGAACUGACACAAAUUAUGACUCAACUCGUUUCGUUUCUCAACUCAAAUGGUUCUCCUUUUGUAGUCAAUAUCUACCCAUUUCUAAGUCUCUAUGGAAGCUCAGAUUUUCCUCAAGAUUAUGCAUUCUUCGAAGGGACAAGCCAUCCUGUUACAGAUGGGUCCAAUGUUUACUACAAUGCAUUUGAUGGAAACUUUGACACGCUAGUCGCGGCCCUCAGCAAGCUCGGAUAUGGUCAGAUGCCCAUAGCUAUUGGGGAGAUUGGUUGGCCCACUGAUGGAGCCAUCAGUGGGAAUCUCACUGCUGCAAGGGUAUUCAACCAAGGUCUCAUAAAUCAUGUCCUAAGUAACAAAGGAACCCCUCUAAGGCCAGGUGUCCCUCCCGUGGAUGUAUAUCUUUUCAGUCUGCUGGAUGAAGGAGCAAAGAGCACACUCCCAGGAAACUUUGAAAGGCACUGGGGGAUGUUUUCCUUUGAUGGGCAGGCUAAAUAUCCAUUGAACCUUGGUUUAGGAGGCAGAGGAUUAAAAAAUGCAAGAAAAGUUGAGUAUCUGCCAUCUAGGUGGUGUGUGGCAAACCCAUCUAGGGAUUUGUCAGAUGUGGCAAACCACAUGAAACUUGCAUGUGGUGUUGCAGAUUGCACCACGCUCACCUAUGGGGGGUCAUGUAACGGAAUUGGAGCAAAGGGAAACAUCUCGUAUGCGUUCAACAGUUACUAUCAGCUGCAAAUGCAGAAUGAACGGAGCUGUGAUUUUGAUGGGCUUGGUAUGGUCACCUUCCUUGACCCUUCUAUUGGUGACUGCAGGUUUCUGGUUGGCGUUACGGAUACUAGGUCUAGUUCUAGUUCUAGUUCUAGUUCUCAAGUAUACAGGAGGUGGGUCAUUGUUUGGAUGCUGAUUGCAUGGAGGGUAUGGUUUUUUGUAAUGUGA